AUGGACUGAAGCUGGGAGCUGCACUCCGCCUACACACACACACACACACAGGCAGACAGCGCGGCGGAAACGGUCUCCUGCGUUCAGGGAAAGAAAAGGAAGAAAAAUACAAAUAUUUAUUUCACAAUACGCCUAUAUAUUACACUAAACAGAAGAGUGAUUCGUGCGCCGGACGAUGUUAGACGGAGUGUCGGAUGCAGGCUGUGUGUGACGGCGCAGGCGCAGUGAAGGCUGAUCCCGGAGCUCGGCUACAGCAGGAGGGAAGAUGGCGAACGAUUCUCCUGCGAAGAGCCUGGGGGACAUAGACCUCGCCUCUCUGCGGGACCCUGCUGGGAUUUUCGAGCUGGUCGAGGUGGUGGGCAAUGGCACAUAUGGACAAGUGUAUAAGGGUCGACAUGUCAAAACAGGACAGCUGGCCGCCAUCAAGGUCAUGGACGUCACCGAGGAUGAAGAGGAAGAAAUCAAGCUGGAGAUCAACAUGCUGAAGAAAUACUCGCACCAUCGCAACAUCGCCACCUACUACGGAGCAUUCAUCAAGAAGAGCCCGCCGGGGCACGACGACCAGCUCUGGUUGGUGAUGGAGUUCUGUGGUGCUGGUUCCAUCACAGACCUGGUAAAGAACACUAAAGGCAACUGGCUGAAGGAAGACUGGAUCGCGUACAUCUCCAGAGAAAUCCUCAGGGGCUUGGCUCAUCUACACGCCCACCAUGUUAUCCACCGAGAUAUUAAAGGCCAGAACGUGCUGCUGACUGAAAACGCAGAAGUCAAACUGGUUGACUUUGGUGUGAGUGCUCAGCUGGACCGCACCGUGGGCCGCAGGAAUACUUUCAUCGGAACACCAUACUGGAUGGCACCCGAAGUCAUCGCCUGUGACGAAAACCCUGAUGCUACCUACGACUACAGGAGUGAUCUGUGGUCUUGUGGAAUCACGGCUAUAGAGAUGGCUGAAGGAGCACCGCCGCUGUGUGACAUGCACCCGAUGCGAGCGCUCUUCCUUAUCCCCAGAAACCCUCCACCAAGGCUCAAGUCCAAGAAAUGGUCUAAGAAGUUCUUUAACUUCAUUGAAAGCUGUCUAGUGAAGAACUACACUCAGAGGCCGACUACAGAGCAGCUGCUGAAACACCCGUUCAUCCGAGACCAGCCGAACGAGAGACAAGUGCGCAUCCAGCUCAAAGAUCACAUCGACCGCACCCGCAAGAAGAGGGGAGAGAAAGACGAAACAGAGUAUGAAUACAGUGGCAGUGAGGAAGAGGAGGAGGAAACUCCAGAGCAGGAGGGAGAACCAAGCUCUAUCGUGAACGUGCCAGGCGAGUCGACCCUGCGGCGGGACUUCAUCCGUCUGCAGCAGGAGAACAAGGAGCGCUCGGAGGCUCUGAGGAGGCAGCAGCUCCUGCAGGAACAGCAGCUCCGUGAGCAGGAGGAGUACAAACGCCAACUACUCGCUGAGCGCCAGAAACGUAUCGAGCAGCAGAAGGAGCAGCGCAGGAGGCUUGAGGAGCAACAGCGGCGCGAGCGGGAGAUGAGGAGGCAGCAGGAGAGAGAGCAGCGGAGACGCGAGCAAGAAGAGAAGAGACGUCUAGAGGAGAUAGAGCGCAGACGUAAGGAGGAGGAGGAGCGCAGGAGAGCAGAGGAGGAGAAGAGGAGAGCAGACCGUGAACAGGAGUACAUCAGGAGGCAGCUUGAAGAGGAGCAAAGACAUCUGGAAAUCCUACAGCAGCAGCUUCUGCAUGAACAGGCCAUGCUACUGGAGUUUAAGUGGAGGGAGCUGGAGGAGCAGAGACAGGCUGAGAGACUGCAGAGAAAGUUACAGCAGGAGCAGGCCUACCUACUCUCCCUGCAACAGGCUAAAAACCUCCAACAGCAGCCUCAAGCUCCGCCCCCUGCCGCAGACAAAAACCGAAACCCCACGCAGCCCCCGUCCUCGGCUCAAAGGAGCAAAAUCCCCCAGCAGCAGCAGCCUCUAUCUGAAAAGAGCAGGAAAGUUCCGGUGGAGCAGGACAAGAGCAAGAACCCCCCGCCACUGACGAACCAGGAGAAGUCCAGAAUCCCGCAGUUGCAGCAGUCAGCUGUCGAAAGGACCAAAACCCCACCGCCAGCGCCAACGUCGUCCUCGUCCUCACAGGACAGGAGCAGGAUUCCUCAACCGCAGGAAAAAAAACAAAUCCCUCAGCCUCAACAGGUUCCCAAAGAGAAAGAGAAGGAUCUUCUUGCUCCUCAAGACCAAACGCGGAGGAGCUCCAUUCCUCAGACCGCCCCCAUCCCCCACGCCCAGGACCAGAACCAGAACCAGGGCCAGGCCACUCACACUCUUCCGUCUCAGUCCCAGUGCCCCGCCCCUGACUCAGAGCCAGUCAGAGAGGCGGAUGAGCGGCACCGCAGGAAUGUUCAAGGCUCUCCACAGGCCGCAGGGGUGCCGAAGCAGCCUCCCGCCGUUCCUCCUCGCGCCGAAACCUAUUCCAACGGUAGCGCCCCCGAGUCGGCUCAGCCUGCCCUGCACCGCCCCAUGGAACCUCAGGUGCAGUGGUCCCAGGUGGCCGCUCUAAAGAGCAGCUCGGGCGCUCCUAACUCCCACUCGCUCUCAUUCAGCGAGUCCGCUCCCUCGCUCGCUCAUGUCCGAGCCCACCAGCACCCGGCCUGCCCCGAGCCGCCGCCCCGCUCGCACGAAGAGCCUCCCCGGGUUCCGGUAAGAACAACCUCCAGGUCACCAGUACUCUCUCGCCGUGACGUCCCUCAGCCAGGUGGCGCGCCUCAGAGCAACCUGCCGCCUCAGAAGAACCUUGCCAGUACCGCAGAUCCACGAUUGCUCUGGGAGCGUGUAGAGAGGAUGGCACCCAGGCCCAGCAGCAGCAGCUCAUCAGGGUCCAGUUCCACAUCCAGCAACUCCAACACCGGGUCAGGAGAAAGAUUCAGACCACGAACCUCUUCUAAGUCUGAGGGCUCUCAACAGAGGCAGGAGCACCCGGCCAAAAAAGCAGAGGAGAAAAAGGACGUAGCUCGGCCCGGGCGUCCGGUGGUGAGAGCUGUAGAGCACACAAGUGUGCAUGAUCUGACGGCUCUGGCCAAAGAGCUGCGUGCCGUGGAGGACGUGAGGCCACCGCACAAGGUCACCGAUUACUCUUCCUCCAGUGAUGAUUCAGGAACAACUGACGACGAAGAUGAUGAAGAGGUGGAUCAGGAGGGAGGAGAGUCCACCUCGGGCCCAGAGGACUCGCGUGGAGGAUCUUCCAGACUGAGCAACGGUGAGACGGAGUCCGUGAAGACCUUGGUCGUCCAUGAAGACGGUGACGAUGCUUCCUCCACCCCGUGCAAAGACAGCACUCUUGUUGUGCGACAGAGCGCAGGUGAUGUUAAAAAGUGCGCGGUGCCCGCGCCGGCCUCGAGCUCGAGCGACCGGAGCGAUCGGAACGGCUAUCCGGGCCGAAUUCACCUCUUGCCCGACCUGCUCCAGCAGAGUCAUCCCUCACCCCCUUCUUCCUGCCCUUCCACCCCGUCUUCCACAUCCUCAUGCCUCAGCAGUCCUGCCCUGUCCCCUCUUGCCACCCCGGACAGACUGCCCUGUUCUCUUGAGUCUCAGUCUGCUACGAUGCAGAAACACAAGUCUUCGUCCUCCUUCACUCCGUUCAUCGACCCGCGUCUGCUCCAGAUCUCUCCAUCCACCGGGAGCGCUCUCAACAACGUGGGUUACGCGAACGACGCAAGGCUGCAGGAGGCGCUGAGGCAGGACGCGUCCCGCAAGGGCUCUGUGGUGAACGUGAACCCGGUGAACACUCGUCCCCAGAGUGACACGCCCGAGAUCCGCAAGUACAAGAAGCGCUUCAACUCUGAGAUCCUGUGUGCCGCUCUGUGGGGUGUGAAUCUUCUGGUGGGGACGGAGAGCGGUCUGAUGCUGCUGGAUCGUAGCGGUCAGGGGAAGGUCUAUCCCCUCAUUAACCGCAGACGCUUUCAGCAAAUGGACGUCCUGGAGGGUUUAAACGUGCUGGUGACCAUAUCAGGGAAAAAGAAUAAGUUGCGGGUGUACUACUUGUCCUGGCUGAGGAACAAGAUUCUCCACAAUGACCCUGAGGUGGAGAAGAAGCAGGGAUGGACCACCGUAGGAGAUCUGGAGGGGUGUGUCCAUUACAAAGUCGUAAAAUAUGAGAGGAUCAAGUUCCUGGUCCUUGCACUGAAGAACUCUGUGGAGGUGUACGCCUGGGCUCCCAAGCCCUACCACAAGUUUAUGGCUUUCAAGUCGUUUGGUGACCUGGUGCACAAGCCCCUCCUGGUGGACCUGACUGUAGAGGAGGGUCAGAGGUUAAAGGUCAUCUACGGGUCCUGCUCAGGGUUCCAUGCUGUAGACGUGGACUCAGGAGCAGUGUACGACAUCUACCUGCCCACUCACAUCCAGACCAGUAUUCAGUCACACGCCAUCAUCAUCCUGCCGAACACGGACGGCAUCGAGCUGCUCGUGUGUUACGAGGACGAGGGUGUGUAUGUCAACACCUACGGCCGCAUCACCAAGGACGUGGUGCUGCAGUGGGGAGAGAUGCCCACCUCUGUGGCAUACAUUCGCUCCAACCAGAUCAUGGGCUGGGGCGAGAAGGCCAUCGAGAUUCGCUCUGUAGAGACCGGACACCUGGACGGAGUGUUCAUGCAUAAGAGAGCUCAGAGGCUCAAGUUCCUGUGUGAGCGCAACGACAAGGUUUUCUUCGCGUCCGUGCGCUCUGGAGGUUCCAGCCAGGUCUACUUUAUGACACUCGGACGCACGUCCUUACUCAGCUGGUAAACACCGACACUCCGCCUGGAAUGACGACGACUCCCUUUCGAGAUGACGACAGCGUCGAGAAUAAAACACGUCCAACCACCUACAGUCCAAACCAGAGAUUCUCAGUGUGAUGAGCAGAAACCACGUCACGUUCAACGACUUUCACUUGCUGUCACAAACCAGACUGAGGCGCUGUAUAGAAAAUUUUAAUUUAGACGAAGAGAGGGGAAAAAAAUAAAAUAAAAAAUGAAGUGUGUAAGAGAGGGAAGGUCUGAGGCGAGUCAGGUCUGGUCUUACAGUAUUACUGCUAGCCGUGUAAAUGUUCUCUUUCUGUAGAAAUCCCUGAUUCACCAAGUGGUGUAGUGUGUGUGGGGGGAGGGGGAGGGGGGGUCAGAGGUUCAGGACGGAAGGUGAAAUUCAGAGACGGAGAGAGAGAGUGUGUGUGUGUGUGUGUGUGUGUAGUAGGUCCCGGGAAAGUGAAGUAAACUUAGGUUAUGAACAGGUGUGUGUGUGUGAAUCGUCUAGACAGAAGGUGGACAAUAAAAUAAUAUUUUAAGGCUGUUAUUAUGAUUAAUAUUAUAAGUAUCAUUAUUAUUAUUAUUAUUAUUAUUAUUAUUAUUCACUAUAAAUACAUGGAUUCUCGUAAUCUUCUACCUGUGAUUUUAAGGACUCGCACGUUCUCACCGUUCCCAGUAAUAUAUAUAUAUAUAUAUAUAAAAAGACAUAGAUAUUUUUCAUUUCACUGAGCUCCUAAUUUUUCUAAAAGGCAGAGAGAGUAACAAGCAUGGACUUUUUUUGAGUGUGUAUAUGCAUUAGCAAGACCCCGCCUCUUUCUUCUCACCGUUGGAUCUCUCUCUCUCUCUCUCUCUCUCUCUCACUCUCUCUCACUCGCUCGUCUCUAGUUUUAUCGAGCGUAUCUGAAAUGAUGUGAAAACAAGAUAUGAAAUAAAAAGGAAGUUGAGACGCGGGAGUUCAGUGCUGUGUGUGUGUGUGAGAGAAAGAGCUUGUCCUCAGAGCAGGUAAACUAAAGUGUUCAGACGCCCCUGGGUUUUAAACUCCGGCGAUGCCGAACACGUCGUCGUCUGAGGUUCGUUAGAUAGAUGUCCACAUGUUUUUUUUGUUUGUUUUUUUCCCCCUAAAUACAACUUUAGAUUUUUCCAGAUAUUUCCGACGCACUAAGUGGGAAUGUAGUGUGAAAUACUGUUCUUGUGCUUAAAAGUUGAAAGGCAUGACUCCACGCUGGUUUAUUUCCUUCCUUCCUUUUUACGGUGUUUAACAGAGUAACAAUAACAAUCUGAGCCUGUCUGAGUCUGUCGUGUGUGACUUUGGAGUCGUUUCGCGGUAGUUUGUGUUCAGCAUCACGUCUUCACCGUGCAAAGAGCGUUCAGUUUCAGUGAAACCAGACCACCGUAAGGGUACCAUAACUCCUCCCCCUUCUCCUCGUGACGUACGUUUAGCAUGAUCGGUGUGAUUCCACCCCCUGUGUGUGUAUGUAUCUGGGGUCCUGUCAGGUGACCUGCCGCUUAUGGUUUUUUAACGUUUCUUUAGAGCGUCUCUCACUCACACACUCUCACACACACACACACACACUCACACCCACACACGGUGUCCUAUGUUACUGAAGUCCUCUCAGCUGUACCACUGAGGAGAGCAAUAGCAAUCUCACAACACAUACAUUAAGUUUAACCUGCUUCUUGAGGCUUCGUUUGUUCUUUAAGACAAAUGAAUUAAUCUGAUCCUAUAGCUCGGAAUGUGUGUGUGUGUGUCAACAUGCGCUGUAUGGGUCUGUCAUAAACAUUUUCUCACAUGUACCUCGUAAUUUUGCUUCAGUUUUACAGUUAUCCUUCUAAUCACACACACACAUUGUUCACCAUCAUACACUUUGGUUAGGUGCUUUUUAUUUAAUAGUUUGUAUAAUUUUAUUUAAUGCUAAUAAGUAUUAAUUAUUGUUGCGGUUGUUUUCCACGCGUGAAGCUUAGCUGUGGCUCGGCUCGUGGCGUUUGCGCUAGAAGCAUCCAGAGACUCCAGAGACACGAUGGAGAAACUUAAGACCUGAUGUAGGAGACGAAACGCAGUCUUUUUUUCUGUUUUCUUUUUUUUAAAGCUUCGAGUGCUCCAGUUCUAGACCUAGUGAAGCUUUAACUCUAGACGUUUUCUCUCUAACUGUAUGAUUUUUGCGUCUCUGCAGCCGUGAAGCGAUCCUAGUGCAGUGGUAAUAUACAGUAGUGCUCACUUAUUAUACUGUUCACCUGUGAGGAAAAAUGUUUACAGAGGCAAACACUAAUGUUCAUUUUAUUUAUGUUUUCUCUUACAGAACUCCUAGCUUGUUUUUUUGUAUUGUACUUUUUGUUUUUUCUUUCCUCAGUUGUUUAAGGCUAAUAACUCAGACAGAUUAUGAAUACUGACGUUUCAGAAACGUUCCCGACUGAUUUGGAUGUCUGUGUUUCAGUCGUGGCACUGUAUCGUUCGUCCUCUCUGUGUGUGGCAGGAACUCCUGUAUUUUUCUGAUGGUCCUUUGUUUUUUCUUUGAAAAUAAACUCCUAAGAUAAUUUAAGCAA